AGACAUCGAUCAAAGCUAAACGACUUUCUCGACGAAUUCCCUCCAUUGAUGAAAAUUAUAAUGUAUACGGUCGCGAUAGUAUCAUCAGUCACACUCGACGCCGUAAUAAGUGUACUCUAGACUACUUACCAAGAAACGAUUUUGAUCGACAAAUUCCCUCCAUUGAUGAAAACGUUGAUAAAACUAAAUAA